GGGAUUGCGCCGUGUCCCCUCUCCUCGCGCCCCCGCCUUCACCCCCACCGUCUAGCCGAGCCGCGUGAGGCCAGGAGCUGCUCGUAGUGUGACACGGGGAGCGACCCCCAGCGAAGAGAAUGACGGACCCCUGCGACGGAUUAAUAGAAAUAUGCAUUGCUGUAAUAUCAUAUUGGAAUUGAUGAAGUGGAAAUACAGAUGAAGACAGUCUGAAGAAGAUUUUACAUAAAAUAUAGUUUCAUCCAACUCCCCAACUGAGGUAUACAAGGCUGCUUCUUGAAACAAGAAGACUUUUAGCUGCUGAAAGUUGGAUAUGAAGAAGGGAGAAUUGAGAGUUUGGUCCACCUGAGAGGAGGCUACAGAGAACUGAAGGACAAUAAGUGAAAUACUCCAUCCUCCUGUGGCUUGGGUGAUAGUCUUGGUGAUGUGACCAUGCCAGUGCACAUAAAUCAGGAUGCUAAGGCAAAAAUCUCUGACAACUGUGCACGUAGGCACGCGCACACCUAGAAUGGAAUGGACAUGAGCAACACAUCUCUAAGACCAACAGUUACAAAAAGGAGACAAGUUGGAAUAUUUAUUAAAUCAUCACUACUGUCAGCCACCAAAUCUCAUUAGGCUUCACUGAACAAACCAAGUUUAAAAUUUGUCAAGCAGCAGGACCAGUUGCUAAAGGUGACAGUGCACGGGAAGGAUUAAAAGUGAACCAUGACUCAACUGAAACUAUACGUCAGAUUACUAGGAGCCUAUCUGUUCAUCAGUCUUCAUAUUCAAGGGCAAAAUCUAGACAGCAUGCUCCAUGGCACGGGAAUGAAGACAAAUCCUGACCAGAAGAAACAGGCAAAUGGGAUAACAUUGGCUCCAGAGGACACCUUACCUUUUCUACAGUGCUACUGUUCAGGACAUUGUCCGGAUGAUGCUAUUAAUAACACAUGCAUAACUAACGGGCAUUGCUUUGCCAUUGUUGAAGAAGAUGAACAUGGAGAACCCAUGCUUGCUUCAGGUUGCAUGAAGUAUGAAGGUUCAGAUUUUCAGUGCAAGGAUUCCCCAAAAGCACAGCUACGUCGGACAAUUGAAUGCUGUCGAACUGAUUUCUGCAAUCGGGAUCUACAGCCCACACUACCCCCACUUGGUAGUACAGAUGGACUUUUUGAUGGGAGCGUUCGUUGGAUGGCAGUGCUGAUUUCUAUGGCAGUCUGCAUCAUUGUUAUGAUCAUCUUAUUUAGCUGCUUUUGUUACAAACAUUACUGUAGAUGGGUAGCAAAGAGACGUUGUUAUAAUCGUGAUCUGGAGCAAGAUGAAGCAUUUAUUCCAGCUGGGGAGUCAUUAAAGGAUCUUAUUGACCAGUCACAGAGUUCUGGCAGUGGAUCAGGACUACCUUUGUUGGUUCAGCGCACUAUUGCCAAACAGAUUCAGAUGGUGCGGCAAGUUGGGAAAGGGCGAUAUGGUGAGGUGUGGAUGGGUAAAUGGCGAGGUGAAAAAGUGGCAGUCAAAGUAUUCUUUACCACUGAGGAAGCCAGUUGGUUCCGAGAAACUGAGAUUUACCAGACUGUUUUAAUGCGUCAUGAAAACAUACUGGGUUUUAUAGCAGCUGAUAUUAAAGGCACAGGUUCCUGGACACAACUUUACUUGAUUACAGAUUACCAUGAAAAUGGAUCCUUGUAUGACUUCCUGAAAUGUGCCACACUUGACAACAGGGCUUUGCUCAAACUGGCUUAUUCUGCUGCAUGUGGUCUGUGCCAUCUACACACAGAAAUUUAUGGGACACAAGGCAAGCCUGCUAUUGCACACAGGGACCUGAAGAGUAAAAAUAUCUUGAUAAAGAAAAAUGGAAGCUGCUGUAUUGCUGACCUGGGCCUUGCAGUCAAAUUUAACAGUGAUACGAAUGAAGUUGAUGUCCCUUUGAAUACUAGAGUGGGAACAAAACGUUACAUGGCCCCAGAAGUCCUAGAUGAAAGCCUAAAUAAAAAUCAUUUCCAGCCAUAUAUCAUGGCUGACAUCUACAGUUUUGGCUUGAUCAUUUGGGAAAUGGCUCGGUGUUGUGUCACAGGAGGUAUUGUUGAAGAGUACCAGCUGCCAUAUUAUGACAUGGUGCCGAAUGAUCCAUCUUAUGAAGAUAUGAGAGAGGUGGUGUGCGUCAAGCGCCUACGCCCAGUGGUAUCUAACAGAUGGAAUAGCGAUGAAUGUUUAAGAGCAGUGUUGAAGUUAAUGUCUGAAUGCUGGGCCCACAAUCCUGCCUCUAGACUUACAGCUUUGAGGAUCAAGAAGACACUUGCCAAGAUGGUUGAAUCACAAGAUGUAAAGAUUUGACAGAAUAAUAUAGUACUGAGGAGCAGAGUUGGACUCCUAGAACUUUUCACCCUGAUAAGGGUGGGAACUAAGUGGGAAGAAGAAGCAACUGAGAUUCAGUCCACUUCCUCAUCUUACUUUUACAGGCUGCUAAUAUUAAAUCUUUCAGUACUUUGUAGAAUAUAAUGCUGAAAGUCUCUGUACACUACAUGCUACAUAUAUGGACAGCCUUGUUUUAAAUAUGCGUAUCAUUUUUGUUUUAAGCUGCAUUGAGACUUCAGUCACACUUAGUGAGUCUCCAGUGAAACUCUGGGUACUAAAUUGCAUGUUCAGAGUACAGUGCUUUCUGUGAAAGCCUUAAGAAGCUAAAUGGAUUCAACAGAGAUGGAGAAAUAUAAGCUUUUUGCCUUCUACCUGAUAAAAACCUAGUUGGUUCAUACCAAGUCUUUUUGAAAUAGCCUGUAGGUUAGGAAUCUGUUUGAGAUACUACUCAGUUUAACAGUUCCUAUGCCUUUUAUGGGUCUUUUAUGUGUGUGCCAGGAUUCUUUGACUGCCAUUUGGGAUAGAUCAUUUAAAUUCACAGAAAGACUUAUGGUCAGGGCCCCGUAUGUUCCCUGAUUCCACAGUUACAGGAUUUGCCACAGAAUUCAUCCCUCGACACAGAAUUGUGCUCCAGAAUCUCAAUUUUCAUGUUGAAAUAAUUACGUUUCUGUGCUGUUUAGGUUGCAAAGAGAACCUCAGAAAUGUGAACAGUGUAAACCAAUAUCCAUCUGAGGGCUUGUCUACACGGUGCAGCAAUGCAUACACUAGAGGGGUGUGAUUUCUAAAGUAUACUGACUGAUCCAUGUAGACCCUGCUGGCACACACUAUAAGUUCCCCUAGGGUGCUUCAUAUACAUGCUGCUUGUUAACAUGCACUAGGAAACUUUUUAGUGCAUGCCAGCAGGGUUGUUGCAGGCCAGUAAGUGUGCAGCACAUAAGUGCACUUCAUAGAAAUCACACUUCUCUAGUGUGCAUUGCCUUGCUGUGGAGACAAGCCCUGAGUCUGCGAAGAGCCUGAAACAGUGACUGAGAGGUGUGAUCUGCCUCAGUCAUCUCACUUGGGGCCCAGUAUGCUCCAUGAUUGUGUGGUUGUGGAAUUUGGCUUUUUUCGAGGCACCACAGAAGUCAGCAUUUUUGUUGUAGACUGCACCAUUUUGCAGCAACCAGACCUUUGGCUUUCUGUUUUGCCUCUCUGCCCUGCUGGGACCUGUCUGCAGCUGCUUCAUGCUUUACGUCUUUCCCCAUGAGAGGGAAUUAAAUGGAUUGCAUUGCAUGCUCCUUUCACUAUUCUAUAGAACCAGACAGGAGGGGAGGUCUGAGAGCCAGAGCUGGAGUCCAGUUUGCAGAUAGGGCCCACUCACAGAAGUGCAGGCUGGGCAGCUAGGAAACUGAGAGAAUACAGUGUCAUCCAAGACCUGGGGAACUGAGAUGAACCACUGAAGCUGACUGACAUGCAUGAGGCAGGCAAGGGAGAUUCUGAGCUAGAUCACCUUAACAGCAUCGUUACUGCUGAAGAUCUUAGAGCUGGGCCAUCUAGAGGACACAAUGAAAAAACAUAAUCAAAUACUGUCAUUCCUGAAAAUCGUCACUGACGAAUGGUAAAUCAGUGAGUAUUUUCAACUGAA